GUAACACUAAAAUACAUUUCGCAGAAACACAAAAAGACAUAAUUGUGUUUUUCUGUAUUUUUCUGGGCAAGCUCCGAACACAAGAAACAAAAUGGCGACAAUAAAAAGGGGGAAUAGUAAUAGGGGGAAAGGCUCUUUCAUGGUGUGGACAUUUGGCUAGAAUUUCAGACCAACCACCACAACUUUGGGGGGAUAGCGAGAAUGAAAAAUGACUAAUUUUUAUUUUUAAACUUGCCUUUUAUAGUUUUUCUAUUUAUUUAUUUUCUUUUGUUUCCAAUUUUGAAAAAAAAACUUUUCACACGUUUUUAAUUUUUUGUGAAAAAGCUUAAUGAACCGCGUAUUUUAAAUUUUUAUUUCUUUUUAUACCGACCCCCCUCUUUUUUCCAAUUGCACUUUCAAUUACACAUAUAUAUUUAAUCUUUCCUUCCUUUUCGUGUUUUGUGUGUUGUUUUUGCCACUUUUUUAAAUUGUUUAUUUUUUUGUGAUGGCGCAAAAAAGACCACCAUCAUCGUUUUCUCGGUCAUGUCCUUCUCCUCACUUUCCGCGCCUCUUGUACUCUUGUCGCCAAAGAAAGGUGGGAGGAGGGUGGCAACAAAAUUGGAGAAAAAUGAAAUGGGAGAGAGGCCUCUGGGAAUAAUUUCCUUUUUUGGGGCAAAAGUCUAUUUUCAUUUUUUCAAAAAAAAAAUAAAAGAAAA